UGGAUGUGCGUCUGUGUGUGUGCGGUGCUCGCCCGAACCGAAAGCAGCAGCAGCAGCAGCAGCUCGCGGCCGGCGCGCUCCUCAGUCAGUCAGAGUGUGAUGCACUACAUCCACUAGGUGCAGCCAAGAUGUGCUAGUGCUCGAAUUACCAGGAGAAAUAUGGUGCCACUGCCAGCACUGAUCGUCUUGCUCCUGCGAAUAUUGUCUGCCACCGCUUCCGAUAAUUUGGCCCUGCUCUCAGGCACCCUGCGAACCUACCAACGAGUCAGCUGCGACGACAAUGCGGUGACCUUGAGAUGUCCACCUGGCACCAGCAUCUCGGUGCAGCGGGCGCAGUACGAGAGCGACGACCAGUGCCUGUGCAAGCAGGGCCAGUGCGUCGGCACACAGUCGUCCAUUGACGCCAAUGCAGUUUGCGCGUGGCCCCACGCGCUGCAGUAUUCUUUAUUGCAGACAGUGGUGGAGGCCUGCCAGAAAAAGAGAAACUGCAAGUUCCAUACGUCACCCAAAUCGUACGGCGGCGAUCCCUGCCCAAGCUCACGCAAGGCCGUGAAAGUGGCUUACAAGUGCAGACCGUAUGAGUUUCGCUCCAAAAUCGCCUGCAUGAACGAGCUGGUGCAGCUCAAGUGCAACCCUCACUCGCGCAUAGCCAUCUACUCGGCCAGCUUCGGCCGCACCGAGUACGAGAGCGUCCAGUGCCCGCAGCCCCAGGGGGUGCCCGAGGAAACGUGCUUGACGAGCUACGCGACGGAGACGGUGAUGCAGCUGUGCCACGGCAAGAGACGCUGCCAGUUGAGCGCCGAUACGGCCACUUUCGGCGACCCGUGCAGCGAGAACUCCCGCAUGUACCUCAAAGUGGUCUACACGUGUGUUCCGAGACGGGUGCUGAAAGAGCGUUAUGACGAGGGUCAAGAGGAGGACGAGUUUUCGACGCCGACCUCGUUCGUCGACUACGAUAUUGACGAGGGUGUCGACAUGGAUUCUGUGUCUCCGGCACCGGCCGCCGCCAACCCUGAGCUGCCGCAGCCGACCAAAAGUUUGCUGCUGCCGCAGCCGCCGCCACCGCUGACGCCGCCCUCGCCUCCGACCACCAAGCAGCAGGUUCCCAAAGUUUUCAUUGCUACCAAAGAUUUAUCCCUUCAGGGCGGCGCAGCCCAGCCGGCAAACUGCACCACGGUGAUUUUUAACAAAGUGGCCCCGCGCCCCAACACCCUCGGUUUCGUGUCCCAGUGGAUGGACACGUACGCCUUCCUCAGCAAAAACCAAGAGAAGCUGUACCUCUACCUGAUCGUGAGCUCAGGAGCGGGGCUGGUGUUGCUGUUGCUGGUGGUGAUCGCGCGGCUGUUGGUGCAAAAGCGGCGGGCGGCGGCCCGCGGCGGCAAGUACAACCCAAACGACUCGCUGCCGAACGAGUUCGCGGAGGAAAUCUCGGAGAUCGACGCGGACAUUAGCAUGGCGGCGACGACCAUCCCGGCGAUCCCGCCGCCGCCGCCAGCCCCCGCGCAGGGCGAGGUGGUCAGAUACGGGGGCACAGGCGUGCGUCGGCACGACAGCGACACCAACCCUCGGUCGCUCAGCAGACCGGGCAACAGCCAGUACUACUACGGAUGAGGCGAGGUUUGUGGGGGGUGCUCCAUUAUCCCACCGCCCCCCACGUACUGCAUCUAGAGGACGCACGCACUUAGCACGGACAGAGUGCCGGUUGGUGGCUGUGAUCAUUUUAAUAACUCAUGCCUAUGGUGUGCAGCUGGCUGGAGCCAACACCCGACGACGGCUUAUUGAGGUGGAACCAUAGAGUAUGUCGUGCGGAUGCUGUCGUGUUCACCUUAUUCAAUUUGAAUGCCAACGAAUGCAUCUGAUAUGCUCAAAGAAACGGAAAAUAUUUAUUCUACUCUGUUUUGUUCGCGAGAAACUGAGUCAGUAUUUUGACAGUGUGAUUGUGAAUAAUUUCUUGAUUGAUAUCAAACAUAUUUUUCUGCAAUCGGUUGAAAAUUGGGCCUAUGUCCUUUGUGCUUGAAGCGCCAACAGAUGGCGCCACCAAUCAUUCACAAUUUUAAGGCACUCCAGCUCAGAGUUCAGAUUAAAUUCAAGCGUACAAAAUUUGAUAUAAAAAUUCAGUUCAAAUGAAAAUGAUAUUGUUUCAUGUAAAAUGUUUUCUUACGCCGAUAAUGCUCAAAAGCAGGUUGAAAUUCGAAAUCGGAGAUUAAUAGCUCUAAAAUUGAAAAUGAAUGGUGGUGUCUUCUGUUCUGUUCGCACCAAGGAUUUUUACAAAUGGAAAAUUAAAUCAUUUUUCGUUUCAGAUCGCUUCAAGAAUAAUAAUUUGCUAAAUUCUAUUAAAAUCUUGGUGCUCUAAAAUUUGUACAUCUUUAAUAAAUAAAAUUAAUUUGUUAUCAAAUGAUGGGAACAAUAUCAAAUAUGCAAUUUAGUUCAGGAUACCUGGAAACUUAACAAAACCUAAAAAUUAUCUGGUUGUAUAAUGAACAGGGAUUUAGAUUUUGUAUGAUUUUACCUCAAACUUGCAUAAAAGAGUUUUAUAUUCCUGCAGAUAAUUUCAAACAAAGUGCAACAAUGCCAAUGACUCGAGUGUUAGGUACUAUUAUAUUUCUUUGACCAUAUAUAUCUUUACACAUUUAGACGCGUACGGUUCAGCUGUACCGUAAUGCGCACACACUCCCAUGUGCUAGAGACUGAAAUUGUGAGCGUUAAUUAGGGUGAACAGGACGCUAUCAUAUAUGCUCUGUGCUCUGGAUGUGGCGUGAAAAUAAUUUCAUCAGAGCGUCGGAGUGCUGCUCAUGGUGGUGGUUUGUUUGUGUGGACGAAAAAAGUGCUGGCGCGCAAGUGGAAAAGCGAAUGGAAAUAUCACCCUGUUGCGCGGUGCGCGUGCUAUUAAAUUGAUGUAUAUGUCUCGUUGUUGUUGUUUGACACGAACGAUCACCCGACCCGUGUUUGACGAGCGAGCGAACGUGUGUGCGAGUGCGCCUCUCACUCGCUCCCUUGCUGCUGACAAACCCCGUGAGAAAAGAUUUUAUACACGCAUUCAAAAUCCCCUGUUUAAAAGCUCUCUGCCGCUGUUUAUAUUAAAAGUAUUUAUUAUUAAAAA